AUGGAUAAAUUUGGCCUAAAAGCAUUAGUACCCCUUCUCAGACAAGAUGAUAAGGAACUUUCCAAACCAUAUGAUCAUUCUAUGACCCUUGGUGCCGAUCUCUCAUCCAUGAUACAUUCCCUGGGAAUUCCUCGAGAUAACACUAGACACAGAGUAUUAGAUACAUUUCAAUCCCCGUGGGCUGAGACAUCAAGAAGUGAGGUGGAACCCACAUUCUUUAUACCGGAUUCAUUCGUUGGUAUAUCUGGGGUACUGCAAUCCCCAGUGACACCACCCCGUUUUGAUUCUGCUCAAAAUGACCAGCAACGUGUAGCUUUGUUCCAAGACGAGACUCUGUUUUACCUGUUUUAUAAGCAUCCAGGUACAGUGCUCCAAGAAUUGACUUAUCUAGAAUUAAGAAAUAGAAAUUGGAGAUAUCACACCACAUUGAGAGCGUGGUUGACUAAAGAUCCUCUAAUGGAACCGGAAGUAUCCGCCGAUGGACUAAGUGAACGUGGGUCUUACGUAUUUUUUGAUCCUCAAAGAUGGGAAAAAUGUCAAAAAGACUUCCUAUUGUUUUAUAAUGCCAUUAUGUAA